AGCAGAAAUGACAGAGCUUUGCAAUCUGCCAGAAGAUAUGGCAUUGAAUAUUCUCUCAAGGCUGCCGCAAAAAUCUCUGGUUCGAUUCAAAUGCGUCCAUAAAUCCUGGCAAAACAUGAUCAACAACCCCCAUUUCAUAACCACACACCUCUCCAAUUCCACGCGUACGUCCAGCAGUCUCUUUUUCAAGCGCUCGGUCAUCAAGAACACCGAAACCGACGACAGGGAAACUCUCCUCACAUUGGUUAGUAACAGCUACGACAAUGCGCGCAAGAUGCUGCUGAUGAUGCUGAGCAAAACAAGUCAUAGUUUUGUCGCCGAAGACAUCGCUAGGGAACAAUGUUUUGGGUUUGAGGAUUUGAAAUCUGUGACUCUUCAUGGGCAUGCUGACGGGAUCAUUUGUCUAACCGAAUCCGACAACAAAAUGGUUUUAUGCAACCCGGCAACCAGGGAAUUCAAAAAGUGUGCUUCGUCUGACCCAGGUGUUGGUGCUUUGGGAUUCAGAAUCGACCCGAAAACCAGGGAUUUCAAAGUUGUUAACAUUACUGAAAACGGUGAGGGCGACAACGACGGCGAUGAUGAACACCUCAUUUGCAAUCCUCCCACAAUAAAACUCUACACUCUAUCUACCGAUUCUUGGAGAGAAAUCUACACUCACACUUUAGAAACCGAAACCAUCUACAUUUUGCCUGGUUGUUUACAGAUGUACUACAAGGGAUUUUGUUAUUGGGCGGGAAAUGAGCAACUGAAGGAGUUCAUCAGUGUAUUUGACAUGACGGAGAACCAAACAGUUAGGCAAUUGAUCAUUUCGUUUGAUAUAGUUGACGAGGUUUUUCAUCCUAUAUUGUUUCCCGACAUCAUAUACGACUCGGGCUAUAGUCCACAUAGUCAGCUUCUUGUGUGGGACGAAUCCGUUGAUCUUUAUGCAUCCAUUCAUGAUGGAUCGAUGGGAUUAUGGUUGAUGGAUGACGGCGGAGGUUGGACGAAGCUAUUUGCCUUUACAGCGUUGGAAGAUGUCCCGUCACCAUUGCGAUAUUGGAGAGGCAGCAGCCAUGAUGAGCUGCUUCUUAUGGUUUCCCAGGAAGGCUGCCUGUUCACGUUCGACCUCGAUACAGAAACCCAAGAGCAUGUUCCGGUUCGCAGCACGGACGACUACCAAGACUCUGUCUUCCACGAGUAUUUUGUGGUUUGGGGCGGAGACCCGGAUUGUUUGCAAGUUGUUGUGUGUGUGGGUACCAUAGUUCCCUUAAACAGAAGCAACCAGUGCUAGAGAACUGCAGAGAUAAGUUUAGUGUGAUGAUAUAAAAUAUAACAAUAAUUAGGAUGAAAUUAUGUUGAAAUUGUA